AUGAAGCUCCUGAUCUUCAUCUCCGCCUUCUUGGCUAGUGCAUCUGCUGCCCGCCUGGGUUAUUCUCAGCCGACGCCCAGUGGCCUUUCGCUUUCCGUGGGCGGCCUUGAUCAGUCGCCUGCCCCGCUCUCAGACGACCGCUUCACUCUGCCUACGCCAGAUAACGUCGCGCUCCCAGCCAACGGAUACACCCAGUCCACACCCAUCGCUGCUACCAUUCCAGAGGGUGGGUUCACGCCCUCUGGCUCUUUCGACAGUGGAUUCAGCCAACCUGCAUCAGGUGGUGUCUCCCUCCCUGAGAUUGGAUUUGGCCAGCCCUCUCUCAAUGGCCAGACUCUUCAGGAAAGCAGCUUUGGACAACAAGCCGGUGUUCUAACUACUCCUGCAAGCAAUUGCAGAGAUGGAGAAGUCUUGCAUGUUGACGGGACCUGCGUUGUUCCUGAAAUUACUCGCAAGGUCUUUCUCUACAGCAUCCCCGAGGGCGCUCAGCAAUUCAAUGGACCACCACCAAGCAUUCCACCACCAAAAGUUGAGCAUAACAUCCUUUUUGUCCGCCUUCCUGAAGGAGGCGUAGGCCCAGAACCCAUUAUUGUACCUCCACCAAGGCAGAACAACAUCGUCUACGUCCUCAAUAAGAUGAAUGGUCAGGAUCAGCGUGUUAUCGAAGUGCCAGCUCCUCCGUCCUCCGAUCCUGAGGUUUAUUUCGUUUCAUACGGCGAGGGCGAAAACCCAACUCUCCCCGGCGGCAUCGACCUUCAGACUGCUCUUGGCUCAGCUGUCUCCGCCACAGGACAAAUCGUCGCCAAUACCGGAGACUUUGACGCCUCUGGUGUCUCCAGUACCCCUGGAUUCGACGGAAUCUCUGGAACAAUUGACUUCGAUGUCAAUCAAGAAACUGUUAAUUUCGAUGAUUCUUUAGGAGCUAGGAACGAUGCUGAUGAUGUGUACACUACUGAUAGUGUAAACAGUGCUUUCAUUAAUGGUGACGGCGGAUUUAGCGCUGGAGGACAAGGAAUUCCGACUGCAAUUUCAGGUAACAACUUCGAACUCUCAGGUGAUCACGCAGUCACUAACGGUGGAUUCGCUGGCAAUGCUGGCAGUUUCUCAAACAAUGGUGUCUCAAGUAGCAUCGCAAACGGUAAUAACGAUUAUUCUGGCAACAAUCGUGGUUUCACCAACAACGCUGGUUUCACUGGCAACAACGGUGGUUUCUCCAACAAUAACGGUGGUUUCUCCAACAGCAACGGUGGUUUCUCCAACAACAACGGUGGUUUCUCCAAUAACAACAACGGUGGUUCCUCCAAGGGUGAAUUCUCCAAUACUGCAAGUGGAAUCUUGAAUAACAAUGUUGGAUUCUCCGGUAACAGUGGUGGAUUUUCCAGCAACACCAACAGCUACCCUGAAUUUUCUGGAAACAAUGGUAAUAACGGUGGAUUCUUGGGGAAUAGCCGUGGCUUCUCCGAAAACAGUGGUCCCUUCCCCGGGAACAACAGUGGAUUCCAAGGCAACAACGGCGGAUUCUCAGGAAGCCAGCCCUCAGGCAAUGACGGAGGACUGGUAAACGGAAAUGGGUUUAACGGUAAUAACCGUAUCGUUUCUGGAGCUCUAACAGCCUCUAACUCUGUCUCUGCUCCUUUGUCCCUUUACUCAAGUCCCUAAGGUGACUUGGUGGCUAUUGCUUGAGAACCAACCCGCGAGUCAUGGAAAACACUUCGAAAAAAUACCGAAUCUUAACUAACCUUAAUUUAAUAUGCAGUAUUUAAAAUUUUCGUUUCAUUUUGUCUAGUCAAAUAAAAAAAACGUUUUGUAGAGAAUUCAAAUAAAAACUGAAUGAAAUACC